AUGUUCAACGAUCAAGACUUGGGUUUCUUCACCAACUUCCUGGGUGUCUUCAUAUUUGUUCUGGUCACUGCAUAUCACUUUGUGAUGGCCGAUCCCAAAUAUGAAGCGAACUAG